UACACAACAAAUUGAGAAACAAAUAACUACGAUGAUUAUACAAACAUUAAAAUCUGUGGCAUUUAGAGCUUCUCGAGUGCCGAUCUUGUCUCAGUCUUUGGUACGUCGACAGGCGAUCUCUACGACAGCGACGGGAUUGAGCAAGGCAUACGAUUACGAUGGCAAAACGAAAGUUUCAAUAUUUAACACUGAAACCGACAAUGGAUUAAUGGUUACCGGCUAUAGUCAGUAUGGCUUCCGGCUUAACAACAAUAUGGUCUUGCUGGGACCCAUUUCAGUUUUUCCCAGAUCUGUGCUCUCUUGGAACGUAAACUCCUAUGAAGAUAUAAAUGAAGAAAGCUUAAGUCUUUUUCCAACAUUAGAGCCAAAAAUUGAUGUUCUGAUCAUUGGAAUUGGUGAUCAAAGUCCCACAGCGGUUCUUUCCAGGCGAAUUAUUGAAUUCAUGAAGAAGUACAGAAUAAACGUCGAGGUUCUACGAACAGAACAGGCGUGUGCAACGUUUAAUUUCUUAAAUGCAGAGGGUAGAAUGGUGGCUUGUGCUCUAAUCCCACCCGUACACAUUGCUUAUAAUGAAAACGAUGUUCUGCAAUCGAAAUUAAAACGUCAACAACUUUAUGAAACCGAAUAAAUAUACGCUUAUAUUGUUAAGUACUUAAUUGCAUGUAGACAAAAGGAAAAUAUUUUUAUAUAUUUAAUAUUUAUGUUGUUAAAGUGUUGCUAAUUGUACAACAUAUUUUUCCCCAAAUAUAGAAAAAACGCCUGUGUAAAAUGUA